AUGGGUGGAGGUUUAUUUGAUAACUUCUUCGAUAAAAUAGGAACAGCAGUUCAUGGAGGUAGGUCUUCCGGUCACUAUCAGUCUAGCUCUCAGGUAAAUACUGGAAGUUACUACAAUUAUCAUAAAAACGGAACAAAUAAUGACUAUUGGUUACCGACCUCGAAAAGCUUUGGAGACACCAUGGAUAAGAUUGACGAUGUGAACAAGGCAAGAAUGAACAGUGUUGCAUCUGAUUCAUCUGAUAUGUCCGAAGAAAUGCUUGCAAAAGCUCGUAAGGGCAGUGUCGCUUCUGAAGAUUAA